ACUCAGUUGAAUAAUACCCACCGAAAUCAUCCACACACGUCUUCUCUUUCUCUUUCUCUUUCUCUUUCUCUUUCUCUCUCCCCCAAUUCCACAGAUGGAUCGAUAACAACAACCCCAAAUUUGUCUCUCAAGUUCUCUCUCACCUCAAAUUCCCAUUCAUUUACUUCCGAAAAACCCUAAUUUACAGUAUGAUUCAAACCAAAAAACCCCAAUUAGCUCUGCUGUUCAUAAUUUUUCUAGGGUUAGGGUUUAAUUUGAAUUUGGGCGAUGCAUUAAAGGUUCCCUUUAGGGUUAACGAUGUUCUUCCAGUUUUACCACGCCAAAUUUCAUGGCCUGUACUUAAUAAUCUUCACAGUGCGGUUGAUUUGCUGCCUUCUUUCGUGGGUUCGAUUUCUCCCCAAAAUAAUGAGUCAAUUCAAUGGAAAGGGGCUUGCUUUUAUGAGAAUACUGCUCGCCUUGAGUUCACUGAUUCCGGCGAUAAGGGCUUGGGUGGUGGUCUUCUUCACCUUAAGACAUCUUCAGCCCACAGUUAUACCUGUAUGGAUCUUUAUGUUUUUGCAACUCCCUACAGGGUUACUUGGGAUUAUUACUUUGCCUCAAGUGAGCAUACGCUCAAGAUAGAUUCUUGGGAGGAAGCUGCUGAGCUGGAAUAUGUAAAACAACACGGUAUUUCUGUGUUCCUAAUGCCAUCUGGAAUGCUGGGGACUUUCCUUUCUUUGGUGGACGUUUUGCCUCUAUUUUCUGACUCUGUUUGGGGUCAGCAUGCUAACUUAGCUUUUCUUGAGAAGCACAUGGGUGCAACAUUUAAGAAGCGUCCUCUACCUUGGCAGACGAUUAUUAAUCCUGAGGAUGUCCAUUCUGGUGACUUUAUUGCUGUUUCAAAGAUUCGUGGUCGUUGGGGUGGAUUUGAGACACUAGAGAAAUGGGUCACCGGGGCAUUUGCUGGUCAUACGGCUGUUUGCCUAAAAGAUGAGCAGGGUAAUCUUUGGGUUGGUGAAUCAGGCCAUGAGAAUGAAAAGGGUGAAGAAGUUAUUGCGAUCAUUCCAUGGGAUGAAUGGUGGAGACUUGCGUUGAUGGACAAUUCCAACCCACAGAUAGGUUUGCUGCCCUUGCAUCCCGAUGUGCGUGCAAAAUUCAACUCUACUGCUGCUUGGGAAUUUGCACGAAGCAUGUCAGGAAAACCAUAUGGUUACCAUAACAUGAUAUUUAGUUGGAUUGAUACCAUAGGCGACAACUUUCCACCUCCUCUUGAUGCUCACUUGGUCAUUUCUGUCAUGUCUAUGUGGACUAGAGUACAGCCAGCAUAUGCAGCAAAUAUGUGGAACGAGGCUUUAAAUAAGAGACUUGGAACUGAGGGCUUGGACUUGUAUGAAAUCCUAUUGGAGAUUGAGAAACGAGGCAUUGCAUUUGAGAAAUUGUUAACCAUCCCAGAGCAAGAUGAAUGGAUAUACAGUGAUGGUAAAUCCACAACAUGUGUUGCCUUCAUCCUUGCAAUGUAUAAAGAGGCUGGAGUCUUUCAUCCUUUUUAUGAUUCUAUUCAAGUAACAGAGUUCACAAUCCGCGAUGCAUAUAUGCUGAAAAUAUUCGAGAGCAACACAACACGGUUGCCGAGGUGGUGUAACAAUGAGAAAGGGAAGGUUCCAUUUUGCCAGAUUCUCGGGGAGUAUCACAUGGAGCUGCCCGAAUAUAACACCAUAGAGCCAUAUGCAAACAUGAAUGAAAAUUGUCCGUCCUUGCCUCCACAUUAUCAGAGGCCUUUAAAAUGUUGAUGGUUGUUUAGGAUAUGUUGUUUGUUAUCUAUGUACCACGUUCCAAAAUGUUGUGGAGCAUUAUAUAAGCAACAAUUUGCCGCAUUUUGUAAUUUGUAUAUAUGUAUGAGACAGUCAUCUAUUGUAUAUAGUACGAGUAGUUGUUGCUUUUGGAGAA